AUGCGCAUGGGAAACCGGGGAGGACCUGGCAGGCCCCAGGUCCCCUCCGGACCUGUUCCUGAUGGACAGAAGAAGGCAUUACCGCUCAUCUACGCAUCUAAACAGGAUGACGACCGCAAGACUCUUAUCCAGAAGGCUGCCGAUGCCUUUCGUGCAGACGUAUUCACAUCCAUAGCUGCCUCCCAGCGACACUACGGCCUGACGGACACAGAAAAGUGCACGAAGCAGGUGCGUCAAGAUAAAGAAAGACGUGCAAAGCUUGUGCUCCCAGACGACGUCACUAUCUUCGAAGGCGCGCUGUCAGGGAAGAAGAAGGCCGCCCUCGAAGACAUCGCCAGCGCACUACAUCUCCAGUACAACGAGAAGGUGCACAAGAAAGACCUCAUAGCCAUCAUUGAGCGGCAUCUUGAGGAGUAUCAACACACGCUCGUCAAGACCCGUCGGUUUGAAGGCCUCUAUACGUCGCUAGAUCGAGGCCGUCGAUCAGUCGCUAAUAUAAAUGGAAGUACGGCGGGAGCGCGGAAGUUGAGGUGUGCGAUGCCCGCGGGCGUCUAA